UCUUGAAUGAUCCGAGUACUGAAAGAGAGAGAGAGAAACUGGGGCCCGGCUUCAGACGCUUCCUUUCCCCUUCGUCUUCGUCUCGGUCGCCCACUCCAGCUCUCCUCUCGACCUGCGCAGGAAUUGGCGACACGAUCAACGACCCAUCUCUCUGCCUGCCCUCGCAAAUCUGCUCCCUCAAGAUGGGGUCUUGCCCUUCGGUGAAGAACAUUCUUGUGCUGGAUUCGGAAGGGAAGCGCGUGGCCGUGAAGUAUUACAGCGAUGACUGGCCCUCUCUGUCCUCCAAGCUGGCUUUCGAGAAGGCAGUCUUCACAAAAACCCAGAAAACGGGUGCGAGAACAGAAGCUGAGAUAGUAAUGUUUGAUGGUCAUAUCGUUGUGUACAAGUUCAUCGGAGAUCUACAUCUUUUUGUAACUGGAGGAGAGGAGGAGAAUGAGCUCAUUUUAGCAUCUGUUCUUCAGGGGUUUUCUGAUGCUGUUGGCCGCCUUCUCAGAAACAAUGUGGACAAAAGGACCGCACUUGAAAACCUGGAUCUUAUCUUUUUAUGCCUUGACGAAGUUGUUGAUGGAGGGAUUGUUCUGGAAACAGAUCCAGGUGUGAUUGCUGAGAAGGUGUCAGGCCAUGGAUUAGAAGGAGCUGGAUCGUUCACUGAGCAGACGAUAAGCCAGGCCCUAGCAACAGCAAGGGAACACUUUGCGAGGUCUCUCCUCAAGUAAUGGCGUGGCAUCCUUGGGGUUGAGUUGUUGACGAUGAACUAGACUCGAACUCUCAUGUUUCCUGCUGUAGAUGAGCACUACAUAGUUUGUGAGGAAGGAACUAGAUUUCUUGAAUCAUUGUAUGUGAGUUGGUGAUCCUUUGCUGUGGUUGUCGACAUAUUGUUACCAGUUUUUUGGUGGAGCUUGACUGGUGAUCAAAGUCUUCGUUAAGAAGGUUAUGCA